CUGGGAAGAAUCACAACCAGCUAACCGUUGGGGACUCACUGACAUCUAGCGGUUCUUUAAGGAAAAAACGGAGCUUUGAUAUACAUAGUAAUUAAUGGACGUUUGUCGAGGAGCAUGAAGAGGAAACACCCAAAGAUAUAUCAUCACUGAAGUGUGAUACAUGCAAAUCGAGUCAAGAGCUGGUAAUAUAAACAACACCGUGUGGAUAUGCCUCCAGCAUCAGCAGCACAAAGACUAUUCCCUAAUCCAGACAGAGAUUUUGGUUUAAGUUUACUGCUGGGAAACGACUAUGAAAGGAAGAAGAAGAAACUUCAGCAGGAGCUUCAACAGGACUACAAACAUUAUGCUGCCAAGAAAAAGGAUGUGAACACUAGUGAACCUCAUCCACAACCACAGGGUCUCUCCCUACCUAUUGAUGAGCAUAUAUCAGUUCAGGAAAAACUAAGAGAUGAGAGAAAGAAAGAAUACAACCUCUUCCUACAGGAAAAAGCUCAAAUCGGCAGGUUAAAGAGGGGAGCACCUCCCGUCACUUCAAAGCCUGGACAGGUUCAAGCUUCAGAUGCAGUGCACAUUUCUUCUCCAGCUUCUCCUCUGCACAUCCUCAACACCCAUACAAACACACACCCUCCUCCCAGGCAGCGCCCCGCAUCCAGGAGAGAUGCUGCCACUCUGACUGAGACAGUGGAUAAUGGAAAAAGCACAGUGUCUUGGCGUCCAGGCCGUCGGGGACGAAGGCGUUGGCAAAUCCGUAGACUAAAAGAGCCCUAUAACUCUGAGGAGGUUCCAAUCACAGAAAAAGAGGACGAGUUGGAGUUCAGACACAGGGGGCAACAAGACAGACACGCUCCGUACAAAGAGGAGAGGAGAACCACAGAACACAGAGACAACAGAGCUCCUCAGGACACAAAGGAGGUGGAGGCACCUGGUGUUCAUGAUCAGAACAACAAUGAAUGGGUUUGGAAGUCAGAUCUGCAAAUGCCAGACAGCAAGAGGACGGCUGCAGGAUUUCGACCUGCUACCAGCAAGGAUAAAGCAGAGUUUGCUACUGGACUAAUGAUUGGAGCAGCAGAGGAGAAGACGGCCACUCAGAUGAGGAAAGAACGGUAUAAGCAAGACCUGCUGAAGCAAAUUGAUGAACAGCGGAGCAACAAGAUCAGGGAGAAGAAACUUGAGCUGAGGGUUGCUGCCACUGGAGCCAAAGACUCUGAGAAACAGCCUGACCGAAUUAUGCAGUUUGGGGCUGUAAAUCAGCAAUAUGACAGCAGGAGACGAGAUUUCCCCUACAAGCCCGGAAUAGAUCUCAAGGCCAAAGAGAGGGACCCAAAUCCAAGGCCAAAAGAUGACAAACCCACUGAGGACACCCCAGGAAAGUCCCAUGUGGACUACAGUACAGCUGAGUCCGGAACGAGAACAUCACAAGGCGUCCCCCCGCUGGACUUUAAUGAGGACUACCACAGGGACGUCUCAAACAUGCUAGGAGAGGUGGCCAACCCGAGGGUUGCUGGUGUUCCUCCUCCUGUUCCUCCCACUGUGAAUAAUAAUUACCAGACUCCAUAUGAUGCAGCGUAUUACUACUAUGGAGCCAGGAAUCCAUUGGAUCCUAAUCUUCCUUACAAUAAGAAUGAUCUGCCUGGAGGGGUGCGGCAGUCUGGGCAUUUCCACAGUCCUCUUCAAAGACCACCUACUCCCAGACCCGGUGGCCGCACAAAAGCAACUGAUCAGCAUCAAGCGCCUACUCUUGAUUUUGGAGAGCUUCUUGCAGACAACUCCAAGCAGAGGAGAGAGACUGCACUGAGCUACAAAGAAGAACUCCGAAAGCAGAUCAAAGAAAGAGAGGAGCAUAAAAGAAAAGCGAAAGAAGAAAAGGAGCGUUAUGAUGCCAAAAUAGAGGCCGAGAUGAUGGCGUACAGCCGCUGGGGGAGAAGUGGAGGAGGCGCUCCAAUUAUAGACCAAAAUGGCCACCUUGUUAGUGACCUGAAACGAAUGCACAGGACCAACGAGGAGACAUUUAGGAAUCAUGUGUACAGGAGUAGUGAACAGAUACAAAGCUUUUUAAUGAGGAAAGGAUACACUCCCAGAGGUGAUCCCGGGCCUCCCCUUUCUCAUCGACUGCCAGGUUUCAAUGAUCAGCCAUCUCCACGGCAGAUCUACAAGCAGGACAGAUACUAUGAAGAACUGAAACAACAGAUAGAGGAAAAGAAGCAAAAGCAGACAGAGGAGAUCGAACGAAGGAAGAUUGAGGAGGCGAAAGAAGAGAAGAGGCUGGAGGAGCAAAGGGCUCGCAUACAGCAGCAAUAUGAGGAGGAGCUGGAGCGAAGCAGGCAAAGGAGGACUAACCAUCGGUUGAAAAUACAAGAUUGGAUCCAUAAACCUAAAACACAACACCAGGAGGAGGAAAAGUGGGUGAGACAGGAAGCACAGACUGAGAAGAAGGUACCUGAGAGCGCCAGGGACAGAGGGGAGAAAAAGGCGCAGGUGAUUUAUGAGAGAGCGCCAUCUCCUCCCAUCCCAAGUUUGCAGAGGAGGCUGACAAAUCUUGUGGCAUCCAGACCUUUGUCUGUUGUCUCCACCAGGACUGAGCGCUCUGUGUCAGCACCACACUUGAGACCACCCUCCUUGAAAGUACCCCAGCUACAAGGUUUCAAUGAUCAGCCAACUUCACAGCAGCUCCACAAGCAGGACAGAUACAAAGACAACCUGAAACAACAGAGAGAGCCAUCUACUCCCAUCCCAGCCUUACUGAGGAAGCAGAAAAAUCCUGUGGCAUCCAGACCUUUGUCUGUUGUGAGCCAACCCUCCGCCAGGACUGAUCGCUCUGUGUCAGCACCACGCUCACGACCAGUCACUGCAAACAUACGACUGCGACAAGAUGAUCAGCAGGAAGUGUUCACAGAGCUGGCAACCCUCCGUAUGUAUCUGAGGAAUGAGCAGAGACAACUGGAGGUUCAGCUGGGCCAGACAGAUCGACAGGAGAGUCUCUACCCUCCCCCCAACAGACCCAGAGGACGACCCAGAUGGGACACCGUUGAAUCAACGCACAAGCAAACUGUCCAGCCAUCAACCAGGAAUCACUCCUCUGGUGCUGCACGUGUUAAUAUGCAAAAUAUCAGGGAGUUCAACCAGCUGAAAUACAGAGACACAGCAUCUCGUGAGGAGGUCCGUCACAUGUACCCCGACCCUCCCACUGACGCACAAAGUCUGGACAUCCAGCAGCAGGCACUUCUUCGUGAUCAACAACGCAAAAUCAGGCUUAUGAAGAGAGAGGAGCAGCAUGACUUUUUGGACCAGAAGCCGAGCCACUGUCGUCCUAGGAACAAACCUGCAGGCUUCAUCCACAGAGACUCCGUAUUGCCAUCUGAGACUGCUUUUGUUGAUGUUUACAGUGAUGGUGGUGCAUGUGAAGAGCAGGUUCUUCACCGGAGACGCCGUCAGCCCUCAGCAGAGCGCCAGGAGACGACAGCCCCACGGAGGAGACAUGACUAUGAUGAGGUGGCCGUGUCCAUGGAUCAGGAGGACCGUAACGUCCAGCCAGAUGCUCAGUCUGUGCAGUCAGUGACUAGUUUGAACCUUGAAUCUAAAGACGGUGCCCAUAACCAGCAACGCAUGACGAGACAAGACACUAGUGAUCAAAACCCCAGAUCAGAGGGGCUGUCUGGUGAUGAAAUGGAUGUCUUGUCUCUGCGUUCUGCCCUGGAGAGGCGUGUCUCCAUGGAGACUGUUGCCACCGAGGCCUGGCUGCGGCCCGGCACGUCGGAUACUGUAAAACGCGCUGGCUGUAGGGAGAGGCCAAAGCGUAGGAUAGAUGCUCCACCUUGGCUUAGCUGCUCUCCAAACAAGGGAGUCUAGUUCCCCUUUUCUUUGGAUGUCUCUCCUGAGAAUGAACAACAUUGCUGUGAUGCUUGAACCUACUGACCAACACGUUAAUUGUGGGUGUUUGUUAGAUCACGUAGCUUCAAAAGCUUUUUAGACACCAGAGUCUGCCUAUAAAAAUAUGAAUGUCUGUUAGUUUAGACAAGAACCAUCUUACACAAGACUCUCUAAGCAUGAAAAUUGCACUUUUUUACCUUGUAUGGUGCAUAUCUGUAAAUGUACCAUAAACAUAUGUAUGUGUUAUUUUUGUUAUAAAUAUACACCGGAGAGUUUAUUUUAUAAUAAAAUGAUAUUUUAAUGGUG